GCGGCAGCAGCGGCAGCAGCAGCGGCGGCAGCGGGAGCGCGGGGCGGCGGCGGCGGCGGCGGCGGGGGCCGCGCCGCGCCAUGGCCCAGCAGCAGAUGAGCAGCUCGCAGAAGGCGCUGAUGCUGGAGCUGAAGUCGCUGCAGGAGGAGCCGGUGGAGGGCUUCCGCAUCACCCUGGUCGACGAGUCCGACCUCUACAACUGGGAGGUGGCGAUCUUCGGGCCCCCCAACACGCUCUACGAGGGCGGCUACUUCAAGGCUCACAUUAAAUUUCCUAUCGACUAUCCAUAUUCACCACCUACCUUCAGAUUCCUGACCAAAAUGUGGCACCCCAACAUUUAUGAGAAUGGAGAUGUAUGUAUUUCAAUUCUUCACCCACCUGUAGAUGACCCACAAAGUGGAGAGCUGCCGUCUGAGAGGUGGAACCCUACCCAAAAUGUCAGGACUAUCUUACUGAGUGUAAUCUCUUUGCUUAAUGAGCCCAACACAUUCUCUCCUGCCAAUGUGGAUGCGUCAGUCAUGUUCAGGAAAUGGAGGGACAGUAAAGGAAAAGACAAGGAGUAUGCUGAAAUCAUAAGGAAACAAGUUUUGGCUACCAAAGCCGAGGCAGAGAAGGAUGGUGUGAAGGUCCCCACUACGCUGGCAGAGUACUGCAUCAAAACUAAAGUGCCUUCCAAUGACAACAGUUCAGAUUUGCUUUAUGACGACUUGUACGACGACGACAUUGAUGACGAAGACGAGGAGGAGGAGGAUGCCGACUGUUACGAUGAUGAUGAUUCUGGCAACGAGGAGUCGUGACCUGCUCCCUCUAUGCCCUGUACUGCCCUACCGACUGAGGCCAGAAGGGAGCAGCGGUAACCUAGCAGCAGUCCAGCAAAAAAGUGGGGGGGGGGGGAUCAAAAAAAACUUUUUGUCUCCUGCUGUCUCCUGUUGUAUGGAUCUGUUUGCUCCUUUUUUAUGGACCUCUUAGAGACCCUCCACAGAAUGUCUGAAUUCUUGCAUUCUUAACCCUUUCAUCACUGUAUUAUGAUUUCUUUUUAAAAAAGAAACUCCCCUUUUCACUUCUCUACAAAACGCUCACAGCGAAACAGGUUUGCUCGCGUUUAGAUUCUUGAAUUAAAUACAGUCUUGCAUUGAGAUGUUUUAUGUAUUUAAAGCUGGAACAAACCCAUUGGAAGCUGGGGUUUUGGGAGCUCAAGUGCUGCAUUUACUGGGAAGAAAAAAAAAAAACCACACAAAGCAAAUUGCCAAGGUUUAGCUGCUCCAUUUACAAUAAUAGCGUGUGUACAUUCGUUUAGCCUUGUGGUGGUGGCUUUUCCUUUAUAAGGUGUGGGGCGGAGAGUGUAAAGCUACUGUGUGUUGAGCUUGAUGGGAUGUUACUGAAAGGUACAGUAUUCCUUUUCAGCCUGCUCAAGUUAGGAAAUAGCUGGCCCCUGGAGCCCCAGAGGGCACAAUCAGCUUUGCCUCUGAAAAAGGCUUGUGAUAUGAACCCUAAAAUAAACACUUAACAGUUCACAUCUGUACAACUGAGCCCCGGGUUGCUUUUUUUUUUUUUCCAGACUAGGUUGGGGUUGAAAAAGUUCAGUUUAGCCAUGCUGCUGAGAUCUGCUGCCAGCUUCCCCUCUGCAGAGGGAGAACAGAUAUGCGUCCCACUGCCCAGUGGGCCAGCGUUCAUCCUGAACAACUUUUUGGCAGUGGGAGAGACAGAUAGCCUCCCACCCCAGUGCUUGCUAGCAGCUCUUGCUUCCUGCAGCCCAAAUCCAGUGCUGGCCUGAGCCGCCUUUCUGUUGCUUAUGUAGGUCAUUCGUUGGUAAAUGCAGCAUUGCUGCAGCCCUAGGGGCUGUGCAGGGUCGGCAGCAGUCAAAACUCGCUUUGGUGCCUGCCUGGGGUGGCCAGGCUGUCCCUGUGCCUGCAGUGGCUGCUGGGGCGUGGGACAGAGGGGAUGGAUGUGUGCUGGCCUUUCCCCUGCCUGGCUGCCUGGGACAUGGGUGAGCGUGAGCAGCCCCACAGCAGAGGGAUACACAGUGCUUUCAGGCUGGAAGAGGUGGCCGGCAGCAGGGUUUGACAGACUACUUAGCAGCAUGCUUCAGCUGGGGCACUGAGCUAGGCCUCCUGCAUGUUUUGGGGAGCUCUUGGCAGAGCUUACGGCCCUCCCUCCUGGGCAGGGGGGAUCCUGCAUGCUCGUGUCUGCAGAACCCUCUCAGUCCCUCUACUCGCUCUGUUGCAGUGUGUCCUCCUUGUUUGGCUGUGGUGCUGUGGCUCGAAUUCACCUUUCGCAUGAUCCCUUGAUCAGCAGCCAGCCCUGCCUUCCUGCGCUGAGCCCUGGCACCUCCAGGAGCAGACCUGAGGUGCUGGCCCUGCUUGGGCGAGACCCUCCAUUCCCACAGGUACAGAGGCAGUUACCCUGAUAAGAGCUGCGGGCUCGGGCAUUUGUUUAUGCCUCCCCUUUGUAUAUCUCAGGGUUUUCAAUGGUACGUCACCAGCUGUGGUCCCUCGGAGGGUGCUUUGUUGGGAGUAAACUUUGUUCUGUGAUCAGCUUGGUGGCUGUGUCCUGGGCUGAGGAGCGGGAUGAGAGUGAGCAAGCUCAGCGUGUGCUGCCUGGAGGGAGAGGAGAGAGGAAGGCAGCCGGUGGGGAGGGGAGGAAAGCUGGUGGGGCUCUGAAGUGAUCAAGGCAGAUGCGUUUUCAAAAUAGUGCUGGGCUGGGAUUAGCUGCAGCAGGGACAGUCCCUGCUUCUCUGCCCCAGGGUGUGCUGGUGGUGCAUCCCUCUGCCCCCUGCAGAGUAAAGGCAGCCCAAGUGGUGAUACUGUGUCCCUCAGUGCUCCCUGUGGCAGUCUGCCCUCCUGCUUGCAUGUUACCUGGGGAGGCAGCUGGACCCUUCGUGAAGUGUCCCACAUGGGCUGCUUCAGCUCGCCCUUCCACCGAGGACUGACUCAGCCCCUGGUGCUUUUUGGAGCCGGCAGCACGGCUCCCCUGCAUCUAGUGAUGGCGGGGGGGCACUCCCCAGCUUCGCUCCAGCCCUCUGAGGGUAGCACUGGUGUUGGCAAAUGGGUCCCCAGGACUCCUGGCUGCAGGACUGGUCUCGGGGCUGCACUGGGAUAGGGACACCAACUUCAAGCUUUUUGGGGGCUGUUGGGGGUAUGAAGGAGCAGACUAUGGCAAUGCUGGCUGUGCUGAUGACCUGGUUUGAAUUGAGGAUACUGCAUCUUUCAGGAUUUUCCUUGUACUUUUGACCGUCUUCACUGUAUACUCUCCAGUGACUUGUAUUUUCAAGCUUAGUGUUGUAAGAUGCAUUAUCAUGACUCUUCUGUUAACCCUUUUUUAAUGAUGAAAAGCAACCUAUUUUGAGAGCUCCUACAUUAGCCAGACUAAUUUCUCUUCCCCACUGUCCUGUGCAGUGUCAUUGCUCGUUGACUUGCUGGUUUCCUUUUGAGAUACAAACUGAAAUAUAAGAGGUUUUUGAAACUAUUUAAGAGAUUGCUGAAAAAUGUUUACCUGAUCUGUGUAUUCUGGGUUUUUUUCUUAACCCUUUUCUCCUGUCUCGGCCAAUAUUAGCGUUUACAUUUGCAAUUACAAGCCCCUUCAAAUGCAGUUUUCAACCAUUCUGAAGCCAGCAGGGUACACUAGAUUUCUUAGUAGUUUUCCUAGCUGAAAUCCCAGAUGUUUUCCUUUUUUUCUCCAGUAUAAUUUACCAGAAAGAAUUAACUGAUGCAUUUUUGUGUUGUCUUCUCCUUCAGUAGUUAGUUAUAUUUUGUCUUUUCUGCACAUCUGUCUACUAAUAAAAAUGUGAAAUGAAAA